AUGGCAGGAAUCGAGAGAGUUAAAUCGUUUCCGUUGAACGCGGACGAGUUUAGGAGCCAGCAGCAGGGUUUCCGAGCUCCGUGCUUCGCGUCCAUUGCGUCGUCGCUACGCGGAUUCGACGCUGCGUCUGCUACCGCAGCUGGCACUAACGCGUACGACGGGGGAGCGAGGCAUCUGUUCGACGUCGCCAUGUCCGCGCCGCAGGUGGCGAAGCGGCUGGAGGGCCUGGCGGUGUACACUGUGAGCAACGCGGCUAACGAGUUCGUUCUUAUCGCGGACGCGGAGGGCAGCAAGUCGAUCGGGCUGUUCUGCUUCCGCAAGGAAGACGCGGAAACCCUCUUGGCGCAGGUGAAGGAUCGUGACGCCUCGCUGGGCAAGGGAGCGCGAGUGGUGCCUGUGGCCAUGGAUAAGGUGUAUGCGCUGUCAGCCGAGGGGAUUGCCUUCCGCUUCCUGCCGGACCCCCUUCAAGUCAAACACGCCGUGCUGCUGAAGUCGCAAGCAGGUGACAACAGCAAGGCCUUUGAUGGGGUUCCAGUCUUCCAGUCAGAGAGUCUGAUCCUCCGGUCCAAGAACCGCCGCUUCUGCCCAAUCUUUUUCACCAAGGAGGAUCUAGAGGCGGCAAUAAGGAAGGCAACGGGGGGCAAGCCACAGAAGAGCACGGGGAAGGGGCCUGUGAGCAUCAACGUGCAGGUGGGGAGCUUUGAGGACGUGCUCAAGAAGAUGGAGAAGAACGACGAGGACUCCCCAUGGGGCGAUCUGCUCUUUGUGCCGCCCGGCCGGGAUGUUGACGGUGUGGUGGGCAAGCAAACGGCUCACGCUGCUGGGUCCGUCCCCAUGGGGUCAUCUGAGUCCGUCCUCUGCUGA